AGGAGCGGAGGAGCGGAGGAGCGGAGGAGCGCAGGGAGAGGAGCCCGCGGAGGGCGCCGGCCCGGCAGCGGAGGAGGAGUUCUGUGUGAUCCAUCCGACACUGGGGGGAGCGUGGCGGAAGGAGGGCGCGGCUGGCCACGCUGAUCGGAGCUGCCCCGUCCGGUGUCUGUCCUGUCCCGGCCGACGCCGCCCGGUACACCGUGUGCUGGGGUGAGCUCGCCGCUGGCCCCCACCAUGAAUCGCGCCUUCAGCAGGAAGAAAGACAAAACAUGGAUGCACACGCCGGAAGCUCUAUCCAAACACUACAUCCCCUACAACGCCAAGUUUCUCGGCAGCACCGAGGUGGAGCAGCCCAAAGGCACCGAGGUCGUCCGGGACGCAGUGCGGAAGCUGAAGUUUGCAAGACAUAUCAAGAAAUCCGAAGGCCAGAAAAUUCCAAAAGUCGAGUUGCAAAUAUCGAUUUAUGGAGUGAAAAUUCUAGAGCCCAAAACCAAGGAGGUCCAGCACAACUGCCAGCUGCACCGGAUAUCGUUCUGCGCGGACGACAAGACGGACAAGCGGAUCUUCACCUUCAUCUGCAAGGACGCCGAGUCGCACAAGCACCUGUGCUACGUGUUCGACAGCGAGAAGUGUGCGGAGGAGAUCACGCUAACCAUCGGCCAAGCGUUUAACCUGGCAUACAGGAAGUUUCUAGAAUCUGGAGGCAAGGACGUGGAGACGAGGAAGCAGAUCGCAGGGCUCCAGAAAAGAAUUCAAGACUUGGAAGCGGAAAACGUGGAGCUUAAGAACAAAGUCCAGGGCCUGGAGAACCAGCUGCGAAUAGCCCAGGUGUGCACGUCUCCGGCCGGCAGCGUGUCGCCGCAGUCGCCCUCCACAGACAUCUUCGAUAUGGUGCCCUUCUCGCCCACCUCCCCGCCGCCCCCGGUGCCCACGCCCAACGGCACGCAGCCGCCCCCGGUGCCCGGCAGAGCCGCCCAGACCAAACGAGACCUGUUCGGAGCGGAGCCCUUCGACCCGUUCAGCUGUGCAGCGGGAGACUUCCCUCCAGACAUUCAGUCGAAGCUGGAUGAAAUGCAGAUUUUGACAAAGUUGAAGAUAAGCCUACAACUUUCGAUCUCGGAGGGGUUCAAAAUGGGACUGACGCUGGAAGGCACGGUAUUCUGCAUGGACCCCGUAGACAGCAAGUGCUGAUGUCAAGACAAGGGUGCCUGGCUCGUGUUAAAUUUGUUUGCUCUGCACAUACACCCCUGAUUCCUUUAUGAUGGGUCUUAUCUGUGUGCCAAUAUCUAUUUUAAUAUCUUCACUUUCUGAAAAUCAUCUUAGUAAAAUUUCCUCAUACCUUCCCCAUUGAUCUGUAACCUUUGAUUUAAAAAAAAACAAACAACUUACUGCAAAGUCUUCUUUUAUAGUCCUUUCCGUUCCUGUUGUAAAAGGAUUUACAGUCAAAGGACCAGGGAUCCAAAUAUCACUCUUGGGCUUGGGCUCCACGGCGUCAGCACCUUGAAAUCUGUGCUCGGACUCCAGGCUGCUAGCUGAGUGCUGAUUCCCCAAAAGCCAUACUUUCAUGGAACCUUUGAAAGUCCUAACGAGAUACACCAACGCCAAUCUGAACACUAUAUCCAAACUGAUAAUCGUGUUACCCGAUGUCAUUUUAUGUAUGAGUGCUUUUCCUAUCCUUGAGAAAAUGUAAACUCUGAAUAUCACGCCACCAGGACACUUUUGGUCGGUGGAAAACAGAACUAUAAAUGCCUGUAAUAAUUAAACCAAAUGUGCUUAGAGUUUUAGUAAAUUCAAGGUGAUAACCUUAGCCAUGAUUGUCCGUUAUACUCUACAUACUUUAUUUCAUGAGUGAAUAUUGUGGAGAAAUUUUAAAUUUCCUUUUUAGCAAACACUUUACGUUCUAACGAGUCAAGUUACCUUGCCAAACAUGUAGUCCUUCUCCGACCUCCUGUUUUCUGAAACAGCAUUUGGCAUGUUUGCCCUCUAUAGCUGCACUGUUACUUGUAUUUAUUUUACCAAAUAUAUUUUUGUCUCAAAAUAUUGUGAUGGCUCAUUAGUUUUGAUACUGUAAAAUCUAUAGAAACCGGGCUUCAUGAAUCAUCAGUAUUACUUAGCAAAUUUUUUGUUGUUGACGUUAGAAUCUCGUUUUUCUUCUUCACAAAAAAUCAAGUUGCUGCUCAGUUGGUCUCUGACUUGAAUAAUAACUGUUACUCAGUGCAACCAAAACUUACGGUCAAAACGCACCGUGUGGCCAUCACAUAUAAGAGCAGUGAACGCGGUUACAUUGCUGGUAGAGCUCCAAAGCAGAGUCUCCUUUUCCUCUCUUGGAAAUUUCCUUCAAGUGCUAAAGGUACAUGUUCACCAGGAAAUGAAAUCGAAUAGCUUAUGCAGUAUUCUAUUUGUAUGUAUCUCCGUAAGGUUCUAUGAUGUCUCUAAGCCUUCUUGGUUGUUUUCUGGUAUCCGUUAGGUUGUACCUUAAGUAGAAGGUAGUAUGUGUUUCAUAAAGAAAAGUCUUAAUAACUUUUGUUUGUCAUAUAAUAUUUUGGAAUUUAUAAAAUGAGGACGUUUAGAAGCCAUAUCAAUGGCUUUUUUUUUUUUUUUACCAGAUAGAAUUUGUAUUUUUAUUGUACUUUAAAAAGCUUUAUGUAAUAGGUAUAUAUUUAGCGGCCAUUUAUUAUCAAUGGUAACAUAAUAAAAUACUUAAGAUGGUAUUUGCACAUUUAAGAUACAUUACCAAUUUUUAAUGGUAAUCAGGUAAUCAAUUCUGCUACUGGCAUGAUUAAAUAGUCCACAAUUGGUCAUUAAUUAUAAAAAUUUGCUUCACCAGUGCAUUUUUAUGAAGAUUCAGUUGAAAAAUGUAUUUCUAUGUAAACUCAAUGAUAUGUUUGAUUUUACUGAGAAUAAAUGAUUUUAAUUAAA